GAGUGUGUAUUUCUUUAAUCAUUCCUCUGUACAAUUACAAAACUACAAAUUAAUUGAUCCAGGCGCGUGAAACCACUAUCCUCACUAUUUACGAAUAAUAUCCCAUUUCUCUUCCUUCCUAAUUCAGAACUCUUAUUACAAAUUGACAAUCAUAUAUUUUUCUUAUUAUAAUAUUAAUAAAUUAUCCUCAAUAACUGUGGGCUUUCGCUUUAUAAGGGUGUACCUCCCCUACAUUCUCAUUCAUACACUCUCAAUUUUUCCAGCCAUAUUUUAUAGAGAAGAAGGCUAAGAGAUGGGUUCGUAUCGAUCUUCUUGUUCGGUGACCAUAGCCAUGGUCGUACUCCUCCUCUUCACGAUCUUUGCCCUGUCGUCCGCCCUGGAUAUGUCGAUCGUCUCCAACAACGAUGGAUAUGGUGAGAAGUCGACGGGAAGGACUGACGGUGAGCUCAGAGCUAUGUACGAGGCGUGGCUAGUCAAGCACGGCAAGGCCUACAACGGCUUGGGGGAGAAGGAAAAGAGGUUUGGUAUCUUCACGGAUAAUCUCAGGUUCAUCGAUGAGCACAACGCUCAGAACCUCAGCUUUAAGCUGGGUCUCAACCGGUUCGCCGACUUGACCAACGAGGAAUACCGGUCAAAGUACCUAGGUACCAAGAUCAGUGGUAAGAAGAGGAUCAGCGAACGUUAUGCACCACGAAUCGGAGAUGAUUUGCCUGAGUCCGUUGACUGGAGGAAGAAAGGCGCUGUCGUCGGUGUUAAAGACCAAGGAAGCUGCGGGAGUUGCUGGGCUUUCUCAACGAUUUCUGCUGUUGAAGGAAUAAAUCAGAUUUUGACCGGUGACCUCAUCUCACUAUCCGAACAGGAGCUUGUUGACUGUGAUACUUCUUACAACGAGGGAUGUAAUGGAGGUUUGAUGGACUAUGCUUAUGAGUUCAUAAUUAACAAUGGUGGUAUCGAUAGUGAAGAAGAUUAUCCGUACAAAGCUACUGAUGGAAAAUGCGAUCAAUACAGGAAAAAUGCAAGGGUGGUCACAAUUGAUUCUUAUGAAGAUGUCCCUGUGAACGACGAGAAGGCAUUGCAGAAGGCGGUUGCAAACCAGCCUGUGGCUGUCGCCAUUGAAGGAGGUGGCAGGGCUUUCCAGUUGUAUGACUCGGGUAUAUUUACCGGAGCCUGUGGGAUUUCACUGGACCAUGGUGUUGCGGCUGUGGGAUACGGUACAGAAGAUGGUACAGAUUACUGGAUUGUGAGAAACUCUUGGGGCAGAAGCUGGGGUGAGGCAGGCUACGUCAGGAUGGAGCGUAAUCUUAAAGGCACUUCCACAGGCAAGUGUGGAAUCGCAAUGGAGGCCUCUUAUCCCAUCAAGAAAGGGCAAAACCCUCCCAAUCCUGGCCCCUCUCCUCCAUCUCCCAUUAAGCCUCCGGCAGUCUGUGACAAUUACUAUUCCUGUCCUGAGAGCAACACAUGUUGCUGUCUUUUCCAGUGGGGCAAUUACUGCUUCUCAUGGGGUUGCUGCCCGCUUGAGGGUGCCACCUGUUGCGAUGACCAUUACAGCUGCUGCCCAAAUGAAUAUCCCGUCUGUGACGUCAAUGCAGGCACUUGCUUGAUGAGCAAGGACAAUCCUCUGGGAGUGAAGGCACUGAAGCGCACACGUGCGAAACCUCAUUGGGCUUUCGGAAAUAAUGGCAUAAAGAGCAGCGCUUAAAGCAAGGGUAAACAAUGCGUCAGAAGCUUGGCUUAUAAGAAAUUACAGUACGCUUAGUGUUCUUGUCUUGGCAUACUCUCAUUUCAAUCCCAUCACCAAUGUCAAUAUGUAGAUUGAUGGAAUAUAAUAUAAAAUAUGACUCUGUAAAUACCGCUCUAUUUUAUGCUGCAUUUGGACGACAGGCUUAUAUUGUCAGCUUCGAUGUACUCUGUAAAAGUAUAAUUGUAGCUACAAGUUUAAAGAAGCUCCAAAAAUAUUUUAUAAUAUUUUUAUUACAUUUUUCUCC